GGUAUUCGACCUUUGGGCAAUAUGCUCUUGGAUGGCGGUUCAUUCACCACUCGGAAUAGUGGUCUUGGUGCAUUUUCUGGAUUAGACGAUCACUUAUUGCUAGAGCUAAUCGCUACUGCGUUUUCUUGCGCUCAUCCCUGCUCCAUUGAAACCAUGUUCACUGCAACUGAAGGUGAUCGAGCUCUCAAUCGCCUUGCUCAAACCAGCAGGGCUUGGUACUGUCUUGUAUCCAAUGAUGGAGUAUGGCGUCAACGUACUAUCAGUCGGUUUGGAGGCAAUUUUAAAUAUAUGAAUUCAUGGCGGGAUACAUUCAAAUAUACAAUUCUAGUCAACCAGUUUCGACUAUCCGACUUUAUUCCUGACCAACCUCUUCGUGUAUCUGGCAUGUAUUCUGACCUACUAUAUACGUCUUGGCGUUGUGCAACUGUUCCUCUGGAUCAUCUCUGUGGUAUUGGCAUUGAUAAUAUUUCAAGAAGAAAUAAUCUAUCGCUCUCUGAUUUUUUACAAGAGUAUGCCAAGCCUAAUUUGCCAGUGAUUUUAACAGAUGUUGUGAGAGAAUGGCCUGCGUUUAAAAAAUGGUCGACUGAUUUUUUUAUGGAUCACCAUGGUUCAAAAACAUUCAAGGCGGAAGCUGUUGAUAUCUCAUUUGCAAACUAUGCAGAAUAUGCAAGGCAUGCACAAGAAGAAGCCCCACUUUAUUUGUUCGAUAAAGGGUUUACCAACGAUACUUUUCUUUCUGCAGAUUAUGUUGUACCAAAAUAUUUUUCACAAGACCUCUUUCAAGUUCUUGGUGACAACCGUCCAGACUAUAGAUGGCUUAUUAUUGGUCCUGCGCGAUCUGGCAGCACGUUUCAUAUAGAUCCCAAUUCCACUUCAGCUUGGAAUGCAGUUAUUACUGGCGCUAAAAAAUGGAUUCUAUAUCCACCAGAAUGUAUCCCACCAGGAGUAUUUCCUAGCAAAGAUGGCUCAAACGUUACUUCACCCGUGUCAUUAGCAGAAUGGUUUAUGAACUAUUACCAAGAAAUUCACAGCAGUGCUGGGGCGAGUAAUCAAAACACUAAAUGCACUCCCAAGCCUAUAGAGUGUAUCUGUAGAGCAGGAGAAAUGAUAUUUGUACCCAACGGAUGGUGGCAUUGUGUUAUGAAUCUAACCGACUCAAUCGCCAUUACGCAAAAUUUUGUGUCG